AAAGAUGAGAUACGAUUGUUAUUGUAGACAGGGCGACGCACAGUUAGAAACCUGUGGUUCACCCACUUAAAGCUAUCUAUCCUUCGCCAGUCGCCCACCAAAAACCGAUAAACCAUUUUACAGUUCUUCACUAUCUCCACUCACUCCCUCACUCUGUUUGAGAAUAACAUAUCAUGCAGCUUCUUCUGCCGCCACCAGCUUCCGCCAAAUUCCCUUCAAUUCAAACAACGACGACGUUUCACACCCGCCACCACCACCAACACCACUACCACUACACAUCGUCCCAACUACUUCUCUUCUCCGCCGCCGCCUCUGCCGUCUCAACCUCCGGCUCCGGCGAAGCCCCCUUAUCAUCCUCCUCCUCCUCAAUGCGACGCCGUUUCGACGACGAAAAUGACCUCGUUUCACUCCGCAACCGCCGCUACGACUUCAAUCCACUCUUGAAUUUCCUCUCCAACCGCACCAAUAUCAGUGCUGCCACCGAAUCCGGGUCGGAUCCUCCGACCUCUCUCGACCGGGAGGAGUUCGAAUUGGCCGAGUCGUACCGUGCCGUGCCGGCGCUGCUGUGGCACUCCCUCCUCAAGUCUCUCUGCUCAAAGUCCUCCUCGAUUGGUCUAGCAUACGCCGUCGUUUCGUGGCUGCAAAAGCACAACCUUUGCUUCUCUUAUGAGCUGCUGUAUUCGAUUCUUAUCCAUGCCCUAGGUCGCUCCGAGAAGCUUUACGAGGCGUUCUUGCUUUCUCAGAGGCAAACCUUGACGCCAUUGACGUACAACGCCCUAAUCGGCGCUUGUGCGCGCAACGACGACCUUGAGAAGGCGCUUAAUCUGAUGGCCAGGAUGCGCCAGGACGGCUUCCCCUCGGAUUUCGUCAAUUACAGCUUGAUAAUUCAGUCGCUCACUCGCAAGAACAAGAUCGAUUCGCCAAUUCUGCAGAAGCUUUACAAGGAGAUCGAAUGCGACAAGAUUGAGCUCGAUGGCCAGCUACUGAACGACAUAAUCGUUGGCUUUGCGAAGGCUGGUGAUCCUAGCCAGGCUAUGCAUUUUCUGGCGGUGGUUCAGGCCAUGGGAUUGAGCCCGAAGACGGCGACUUUGACUGCGGUUAUAUCAGCCUUGGGGAAUUCUGGAAGGAUCGUUGAAGCCGAAGCUUUGUUUGAGGAAAUCAAAGAUGGUGGAUUGCAACCGAGGACUAGGGCUUAUAAUGCGCUUCUCAAAGGCUACGUAAAGGCUAGCUCUUUGAAAGACGCAGAGUCCGUCGUUUCAGAGAUGGAGAUGAACGGAGUUUCGCCCGACGAGCACACUUACAGCCUUUUGAUCGACGCUUAUGCGAAUGCCGGACGGUGGGAGAGCGCCAGAAUUGUGUUGAAGGAGAUGGAAGCGAGCAAUGUGCAGCCUAAUUCUUACGUUUUCAGUAGGAUUUUAGCGAGCUAUCGCGACCGUGGCGAGUGGCAAAAGACUUUCCAAGUUUUGAGGGAGAUGAAGAGCAGUGGUGUGAGACCCGACAGGCACUUCUACAAUGUCAUGAUCGAUACGUUUGGCAAGUUCAAUUGUCUCGAUCACGCAAUGGCGACGUUUGAGCGGAUGAUUUUGGAUGGAAUUCAGCCCGAUACAGUUACAUGGAACACGCUUAUAAACUGUCAUUGCAAAGCAGGACGCCACGAAAGAGCAGAGGAACUGUUCGAGGAAAUGCAGGAGAGAGGGUACCCUCCUUGCGCCACGACGUACAACAUUUUGAUAAACUCUUUUGGAGAGCAGGAGAGAUGGGAUGAUGUGAAAGUCUUGCUGGGAAAGAUGCAGAGUCAGGGAUUGCUCCCUAAUGUGGUUACUUACACGACACUGAUCGAUAUAUAUGGCCAGUCAGGGAGAUUUAACGACGCCAUGGAUUGCUUACAAGAUAUGAAGACCUCAGGCUUGAAACCAUCCUCGACAAUGUAUAAUGCCUUGAUCAAUGCUUAUGCACAAAGGGGUUUGUCUGAGCAAGCACUGAAUGCGUUCAGGCUUAUGAGAGGAGAUGGCCUAAAACCAAGUAUUUUGGCUCUCAAUUCAUUGAUCAAUGCAUUUGGUGAGGAUAGAAGGGAUGCUGAAGCCUUUGCCGUGUUGCAGUACAUGAAGGAAAAUGGCUUGAAACCAGAUGUGGUCACAUAUACAACACUGAUGAAAGCUUUGAAUCGUGUUGACAAAUUUGAUAAGGUCCCCGUUGUGUAUGAAGAAAUGAUUUCAUCGGGGUGCACCCCUGAUAGGAAAGCCAGGGAAAUGUUACGGUCUGCUCUUAGAUACAUGAAACAAACGCUGAAACGGGAUAGUUAAGCUAUAUCAACAGAUUGACUUGCACAAUUAUAUGGAAUAAAAUUCUAUUUAGUUUAUUUGGUUCUGGACCGGAGUUAUUGGCCAUGGACAUCAGCUGAAACAUGUCCUACUGUAUUACACACAUUCAUGGAAAUGAUUGUCGAGUGUUCUUUUUAGCUCGAGAAGAACACUCGAUUUCGGCCAAUGAGGUUACAUUAUCUGGGAGUUGAACUUUAAGAUCAAAAAAUGAAAACAAGCCAGAAAAACCUCCCACUCAACCUCCGCAAAUUCUCUACAAAUUUGAAUUUGUAUAAUACAGUCAAUUCUCAUUCCUUUUUUCCUGCUUAAGCUAUAUCAGUUAUUCUUGUACUAUAUUAAUAUACAA